AUGGGUCUCAUUAGCCCAGCCUUAGAUACUAUGGACUCCUCUGCUGCUGGAGAGCUUGCGGCAAGGCUUCGGGAAAAGCCCCUGGCCAAUGAAAUCCCAAUUCUUCUAGAUCCUUACCUCCAGGGCAAUCCGUCCCAGAAGGAGCAGUUGGAGGUGGUGGUUGCAUUACUCAAAUACACGGUUCCAGAGACAUAUCGCCACUUGACGGCGCCUACGCAGGAGAUUGUGGCGGCAGCGUUCCGUUCGGCUGUGGGUCUAGGGAACUUGCUUGCCAAAAUCGAAAUGUUGCUUCGUCUGAAGGCAGAUACCCUGUUGGAUGUGCUUCUGGCUGUGAACUGCCAUACUCGGCUUCUAGGAAAAGUGCUUGAGCCGGGUCUUCUUGGUCGUCUAAUACCGGGCCGUCUGACCAUAGAAGUCAAAGAGGUCGACCGGUUGCUUUUCAAGGGAAAGUGCUACUCCAUACUUAGAGAGGCUGACUAUAAGCUCAAUGGGGUCUAUGUACCCAUGGUCUGCCGGGACCUGGGCACCUAUGCUGCCUAUCUAUGCCACGAAUUGCUAUCUGUGUACGCUUCCUGUGAUCCGAAAGUUGUCAAUUCCUUGGUACACUCGCUUCAGAGUGUGAAUCAGGAUACCACGUUCCAGUUCUUUGACACAAUGUUCUCACCUGAGCAUGUGGGUUUCCUCCGAGGAUGCGUGAUUGAAAUGAAGCGUUUUGAGCGAAAGAAUAUUUUGCUCCGAUUUCUACUGUUCGUUCAGAAUGCCUAUGUUCGCAAGGAUGCCCUAGAUUCGGUGCCUGCGUUGUAUACCCUCACAAAGUACUGCUUUGACCACUCGGUGUGGGAUAGCAUCAUGAUGGAGUCUGUAAUUGGACGUUCCAGCUAUGCAAUUAACACUUUGGCCGCUCAUUUAGCAAGGGCUGGUCUUGAUGAUGCAAACUACGUCUCUUUAGUCUACAAGACCCUACAAGUUUGGGGAAAUGCCAUCCACAUGAAGGGCGAGCCAAUCGUGACUCAGGGCUUCAGAACACACCUUCUCGUUGCAUUGUGUGCCUUGGUGCCCCGGGAAACCUUGCAUGAGCUUCUCGGUCAAAAACCGUUCAUCGAUGCCAUUUCCACAAGGCUACAGGCCAUUUCGGAGAGAGUAAGAAGUCUCGGUGUCUACUUUGCCGACAAAGUAUGUGAACUAGCAGAUCACGAACGCAUUUUUAAUAUGAGCGGAUCUGUCUUGGGUGUGGCAUUUCCUGAACCAGUGGGCCUUACUCCCACAACUGACCAGAGUGAGGCAUGGAGCCAGCUUCGAGCUCCCCUGGUAGAGCUCCCGGAGCCUGAGGUUGACGAACUUGAAAAAGCGUUCAAAGAGUCGCUCGGCAAGGAAGCAGAUGAUGAUAAUAUGAGUGAUGAGGAGGACGAUCCCACGCUCGCCAAUGCCCCAAAAGUCCAGCUGCCCAUCUAUAUUCGUGAUUUAUUAGAGUACCUUCUGGCUGACACGAAGGCACCGCAAGCAUACGAAAAAAUCCAAUUGGCGCUCAAGACGGCGCCCACCCUAAUUAGACAGAAGAAAGGUUUCGGUGAGGAAGUUGCAUUCUAUGCCGAGGAUCUUCUUUCAAAGCUAGCGGGAAUGACCAACUUCUACGAGGAUGCAUCAUUUGAGAGCUCAAAGCUCAAUGCCAUGAUAGCUGUCGUCGUGAGCCACCCACCUGUGACUACACACUUAUGUCACUUGAUCCUCACCGGCGACUACUCCCUUCAGCAGCGAGUUUGCCUUCUCUCCACGAUGUCAUUGUCUGCUAGAGAGCUCAGAGGAUACAAAGACGAAAUGGUCGCUCUGAGCCAUUCAAACCAAAUCUUCCCUACUCAAAUGCUUCCGGGAAAGCUUCAUCAGCAGUACUUGGCUGCUGAAGGUAAGAUUGAGGAAUACGGCAGUCUGGCGAUACAAGCCGAGAUUCAAAAUCAACUCAUGGGCGAGGCUGCUGAGGAUGCUAGGGAUGAACUUGCCGGAGGUCGGAUCCUUCGAGUAUCUGCUUCGCUUAAGAAGAAGCCCCAAGCAUCUGCUCCGCUCAUCACCAAGGAUGCCCUCAAUUCCUUCAACAAAUCCGUUGGAAAGACAUUUUUCUUCCCACUAGUCAAUGUCUGGUGGCAAAGUGGUGGUAUAAACAUCGGCGCUUACACUCCUAUACUUACGGCACACUAUCUCAAGACGCUUUCGUUGAUUCUACAUGCUGCGUACCCUUCUGCGUCUGAUCUCCUCGAAAUGGCAAGGGAGUAUCUUGGCCUCCUAAUUCUGAUAAUCCCGACACUCGAUUCUGAGCAACUCCCUGUGAUUGAAGCCUUGUGCACUGGAGUGCUCUUGGUAAUGGAUGUGGUAGACGACAGUUUCCUCAUAGCGCAGAUGCUGGUUGAAUUGGCCAAAAUUCAGGACUUUUUCACCAAUGUCUGGGAGACACUUAUAGACGAAAAAGUCAAGAGUAUCUGUGCUGGGCUUUUGCUUCGUCUCAAUGAACUACAUGGCAAAUGA